AUGACUACAGCUCCUCGCGUCCAACCUCCUCAAUCCAUUGAUAAUGCUUUUCAAUAUACUCUACCUGAUCUUGCUACCGCUUGGGGUACUAUGCUAGAUAAUCCAAAUACUGCUGAUGUAGUUUUCAACGUGCAGGGAACCAAAAUAUAUGCCCAUAAAGAUAUUCUUCGUGCACGGAGUGCAUAUUUCCGUGGUAUGUUUAAUAGCGGUUGUGUUGAAAGCGUAGCAAAGUCUACCGAAUCAAAUAAACCAUCUAAACGGGAAAAUAAAUCAUCUCAUGUUUCAACGCAAAGUCCGUCUUCUCGAAGAGAAAAUGCUUUAAAGACCUUGAGCCUUCAAUACAAGCCACCUGAACCUACAAUCCCUGUAGUAGAUGAGACUGUUUCAUCUAAUAGCGAUUUGGAAAUAGUAACCAUGGAAACCUUGGCCAUUGAUAUUAAGGCUGAGGAAGGGAAAGAACAAAGCAUAUCAGAUGUCAAGAAGACUAGUGAUGCUAACCAGGUUUCUGCCGUUGAUGCGUUAAGCAAGCAUUAUGAACAACGUUUGGCAGAAUUGCAAACGAAACUUUCUGAUGCCCAACAAACACAAUCGUUGAUUAUUGAUAAAAUACAAAAUUUGCAGACUAAUUUUGAUGAUUUUCGUGAUUCUGUUAAGCGUAAAGAAGAAGAAAUCAUUACAAAAGAAAAAGAAGUUAUUUCCCUUAAAAAAUCAAUCCAGACACUCGUAUCAGAAUUUUGUGGAGUGGAUAAUAUCAAGUUUGUUAACACUUCUUUUGAAGAUAAACGUUCAUCAACAAAAGCAUUACCAUCAUCGCAAUCGGUAUCGCAAUCGGUAUCACAACAACCACAACGACAAUAUCAUGUCAUCGAAGUCACAGACUUUGAACCAGUAACGUACCGUCGAUUUCUUCAUUUCUUGUACACCAAUCGAAUCCCUUCUGAGAUUGCACUGCCGGCAUGUCUUGCACUUUUUAAACUAUCAGACAAAUAUCAACUCAUUACUGUUCGUCGUGCGAUGCUUCUACGUAUUGAAACAUUGCUUACAGUAGAUAAUGUGGCAACAAUACUUUUUCAACAAGCAUAUUUGUACAAUGAUUUCAAGCAAAUUUGUAUGGACUAUCUAUUGAAGCACUAUGAAGAAGUUACAAAAACGAAAAGCUUUGAACUUAUUCUUACUUGGUCAGGCGAGUACCCAGCAUUUCCUGAAGUUAUGAUGGAAAUAAUGAGAUCCAUUCCAAAUAGAGAUUGUUUAACGUCUACAACAGCAUGUAAUAAUAAUACUGAUGCGACUGCUGAUAACUAA